ACCCACGACGGAUACCUUUGGUCGCGACUUGUCUGCAAACCAGAGCGACCACAAUUCAUACGACCGCAGAUUUACAUUCGAUAUUACCAUGCGACUGCUUUACUAGCUUGAGGAAAGUGUCACCGCAGUCAUCACACCGCUGUUAGAGCUAGGAGCAGUCUUUUUUACUAUGAACCCUUCUAUUCCACCCUCAACCGCAGAAUAUGGCGGAGAUGAGGUCUCCGCCAUUGUGUUAGACCCCGGCUACUCGACUACACGCGCUGGCUUUGCUGGUGAAGAUGCGCCCAAAUCAGUUGUUCCUACCUGCUAUGGCAAAUACCCCGAGUCCGACAAAUACAUCUUUGGAGACGACAUCUUUGUGACCCCCCGUCCCGGCGUUUCGAUACACAACCCGUUCGGUAGGGAUGGCGUUGUAGAGGAUUGGGACAUGGCUCAGAGACUCUGGGAGUACUCAUUCAAAUCGCGAUUGACGGGAGCCAAGCCAGGAAAUCCAAUGUACAAUGGCUUGAAUGAUGUUCCUGCCGAGGGCGAACCGCCUUCUGACGAGAUGGAGGGAGUGGAAACCGAAGAGAAACCUCUCGCAGAUAGCCCUCUCUUGAUGACGGAAUGUGGUUGGAAUCCUACAAAAGCACGAGAGAAGACCAUUGAGAUUGCUAUGGAGAACUGGGGAACUCCUGCAUACUAUCUUGCGAAGAACGGUGUGCUUGCAGCUUUCGCGGCCGGUAAAGCCUCCGCCCUUGUUGUCGAUAUUGGCGCUUCAAACAUCUCCAUAACACCCGUCCACGAUGGAAUGGUUCUCAAACGUGGCGUUCAACAUUCGCCUCUCGGAGGAGAUUACAUCUCUUCCCAAAUCCGAGUCCUUUUCAAAUCCAACACCCCCCAGCCGAUCACGAUCACCCCUCAUUAUCUGAUUUCUUCCAAGACGGCAGUCGAAGCUGGCCAACCCGCUCAAGCAAUCUACAAGACUUUCCCAGCCGACAAGGCCCCCGACGCGUCGUAUAGGAAACUAUUGGAAGAGCGAACCCUAACCGAAUUCAAAGAAUGUGUCGUGCAAGUUUGGCCCGGACCAAACAAACUAUCUUCCGUCGGACCCAACGGCGUUUUAAACGAAGACAUCGCAAAGAACAGUCCUGGCCGAUCAUUUGAAUUCCCCGAUGGCUACAACCAAUCCUUCGGUGCAGAACGGUACCGCGUCACAGAAUCCCUCUUCGAUGCAAAAGCCUACAUCCCAGAUCCCGAAUCCGAAUUCCCAGCCCCAACACCAGCACAAACAAUUCCGGAGCUUAUCAAGAACUCCCUCAAUGGAGUCGACGUCGAUAUCAGACCUCAUCUACUACAAAAUGUCGUCGUGACCGGCGCAUCCAGUCUUUUGUACGGAUUUAACGACCGUCUGAACCAUGAAUUGAUGCAAUUGUACCCUAGUCCCAGGGUCAGGAUAUCAGCUCCCGGAAACACGGCGGAAAGACGAUUUGGUUCCUGGAUUGGAGGCAGUAUUCUGGCUAGUUUGGGCACUUUUCAUCAAAUGUGGAUUUCGAAGAAGGAGUAUGAUGAGCAUGGCCCUAAUAUUGUUGAGAAGCGAUGCAGAUAAUGUAUCCUAUGGUUCCAUUGCGAAGAUGCUUUUUUGUUGGUGGUUUUGGUGAUCCCUCCGAGAGGAAGAAUAAAAGGAAAAGUAUUCUGUAGGGAUAAAUCAUGACUGGAGUUUUAUUUAAUGUAUCACUUUAAGGUUGCGUUUGAAUGAGAGUUCUGAAUCGACCAUCAAGUUAGGAU